AAAUGGUCCCCAUCAAGAUAAACACACCCAUUAUUUUCCUUUAUCAGAUGAAGAUUGAAGAGUGUUUUAUUUUUAUUUGUGAAUUGUGUUGAAAAGUGAAAUAAAAUAAACCGAAAAUGACUGAUGACAUCAAGAAAUACUUUAAUGGUCUUUUACAAAAAGUCAAUGGCCUGUAUCUUAUUCUAAUCACAGAUAGAGAUGGAGUUCCUUUGCUCAAAGUAAGUCAGGAGAGGAACGUCGACUUUGCCUUGAUGCCAUCCUUUAUACCAACCUUUACAACAGCUAGUGACCAAGCUGGAAAACUAGGACUAGGCAGAAAUAAGACAAUUAUCUCAAUGUACUCUAAUUUCCAGGUUGUUCAGAUGAAUAAGUUACCAUUAAUUUUAACUUUUGUUGGGGCAGAAAAUUGCAAUACUGGGCACAUUCUAUCGCUUGAAAAACAAAUUGAUACCCAUUUGGAUGAUAUAAAGUUAGCUGUAACAGAACCAUAAACCUAGGAAUAGGUGUUGAAUACUUCGAAACUAAUUUUAAGCCUUUUUUUGUAAAUAAAAUGAACAAUAUUGAUGUAGAAUCUGAUAAAAAUCAAUCAAUCAAAUAUAUUAUAUUAUAAUUGCCAUAAAGAUAUAUGUAU